AUUUGUUUACGAAUGUAAUUAAUCUACGAUCUCAGCACAGAAGUUAUUUGUUUAUUCUUGCUUGAAUUGAAACCACCAUGUAUGUUUUUCAGGGUACUAAUCUCAAAAGUUUUAAAACAACAACAUUUAAUCAGUAAUAUUAGUUGUGCAUGCCAGGUAAAAACAUAUACCAAUUUUCAACUUAAACCUGAUUUUUUUACCAAGAAUGUUGUGUUCUCUCCAUUUACCUAAACACUAUUUGUAAUCUUAAUUCGGAGUGAAUAGAACUAGAAAUUAAGCAUGACGUUAUUCAUUAUCCGCCAACGGUAAAAAUUCCACUUUUGCCGUCUGGCGUUUGUAAACGAAAAUCAGUAGCUUAGUCCUUGUCGUGAAAGUUUCAUUUUCUCCCUACUUUUCAGAGAGAGUUAAUGAAGAACUUAAUGACAAAGUAACGAAAUCGUCGUGAAACGUCGUGCUUGAUUCCCAAUAUCAGUCACUGUUGGCAAUGCGUGAAUUAAUAGGAAAAAGUCACGUGAUGUGAUAUAGAAAUGAUAAAUGUAACAAAAACCACAUUUAUACCACUUUCGUAUUAGUAACGACAGUGGUCCUAAAUUUUAGGUGGCCGAGCAAGGACCAUUUGACUAGGUAGUCCCGUGUCUUUAAAGCUAGCUAGGGUCCGGACCCACUACGUAAAAAGACUACCUUUCUUAUUGUAUAGAGGGGUGUCGUUCAAGACAAAACGAAAAUAAAAGGUGUUUCGCCUUUAAAAUACCAAGUGCGCGGCCCAAACCUGUGACUGCCACACCCAAAGUUAAUACCGUUUAAAUGUGGCUUAAAACGUAACGUACAACUUACCUGCAACAUAUAACAUAAACUGAACAUGAAGGUUAAAUUUCAGAACAAGUGAAACAAACAUUUCACUAGCUUGCCAUAUUUAGAAAUGUCAACAAAUAUACUAUUAGUGACUGACGUUUGAUCUUGAGCUGUGACCAAGGUGAUGGCGUUGUUGUAUAGGACGCCACGGAUGGAGCACGCAGCACCUAAAUGAUAAUCAUUCAGCCUAUAUAGCAAUAUAGAGGUAAUAGAAUGUCUUGAACGUCUAAUAUUCCGGAAUCUCUCAUUGUUCACCUCAGUGGAUAAUAUAGCAAAUAACAAAUGCACAAUUAGUGUAUAGUUAUGAAAACGAAUUAUCAGACCUGGCAAAAAAAGAUGGGUAAUUUGGUUGUGGGAAGGGGGCUUUAUUGCCAGUGGUUUACCUUGACAGGUUCAAAAGAUAUCAAGAGGACCCCAAGUGAAUGCGAACAAAUAGCUUGUGCCGGAGACCUAACUGCAAUUAUUCCUUGUGUGUUAUUUUCAGGGACGACACUCUCUCUGUGUAAUAGCAAUAUCAUCUGGGGGAGGAAAAAGGCCACCAUUUGCCAUACACAGUUACGCCAUAAGCCGGAAGUUAUAUGAAAGCGAGGCCUAAGGGCCCUCCAGUUGGCGCGAGUAAUUAUGGCGGAUGCUAUGUCAGAAAGUGUAAGAUCAAAUAGUGCUGAACAAAAGACCUCGCAUAAAUGUUUUGCCGCAGCACUAUGUACUAAUGGGUCGGAUAACAGAAAAGACCUCACGUUCCAGACAUUUCCGAAAGAUUCUCAACUUAGGAUGGAAUGGGCAGUGAAAAUGAAACGAUCUGACAGUAAGUUUAAAUCGAACACGUCUCUGUUUUGCUGCUCUGAACAUUUUGUUUCGACAGACUGCAAGCGCAGUUUAACUGGGAAAAGGAAAGAUCUUUUGCCAACUGCUACUCCUUCACGGUUUCAGUGGACCAAAGUGUCAAGUCAUGAGAUCGAAAGGGAAAAGCGAUGCGAAAGAAGAGAGGCGAAAUCGACAAUCACAUACUCAGUUGCAUCCUCAGAGAAAAGAGGUGAUCCACUGAAAACCAGCAAAGUAAAAAUUGAAAACGAGCAUCAAAAUGAAGAUUUGGCAGAGGUCGUUGCAGAUUUAAAACGCCAACUGUUACUUUCCAAGUUUGGUAUAGAAAGAUUUAAGAAUAGUGAUGAUGAUGAUAUUUUCAUUUAUGUGGGUUUUCCAAAUUACAAUACUCUAAUGGCAUUCUGGGAGUAUGUUAAACCCUGUGCAGAGUCUUUAAUUAGUUCGAAUUUUGCUCGAAGCAAAAGCGAAGAGAACUUUACUGCUAUAUUUCCAUAUCUACAUGAAGUAGACAAAGAAAGGGAAAGGAGCCAUAAUAUUGAUCCAAUAGAUAAACUAUGGAUGUUUUUGACCAGAAUUAGAUUAGGUUUAUUUGAAAGGAAUCUGGCACACAGGUAUGGCGUUUCUGUAGCUACAGUUUCUGAUAUUUUAGUGACACGGGUAAACUAGCUGUACAUCAUACUGGGAAGCCGGCCAAUAUGGGUUUCCAAGGAUAAGAUCAAGAAGUAUCUGCCUGAGGGAUUUAAAGGCCAGUAUCAAGAUAUCCGAGGUAUUCUUGACUGCACAGAGAUUAAGUGUGACAUGCCAAACGACUAUCAAACACGUUCUGAAAUGUACUCUGAUUACAAAUCCCACAAUACAUAUAAAGGCUUUAUUUGCAUCACCCCAACUGUUGGGUGACUUUUGUCAGCCACCUGUAUCCUGGCCGCAUAAGUGACAGAGAAGUUGUGGAAAAGAGUGACUUCUGUAGUCUUGUGGAGGCUGGGGAUAAAUACCUUGCUGACAAAGGACUUGAUGUACACGAUCUCAUGGCCUUGAAGGGUGCAAGUUUGUAUAUUCUGCCCAAAAGACAGUCAGUGCAGGAUCAAUUCACAAAGGACGAAUGCUUUGAGACUAUGAGCAUUGCUAAUGUGAGGAUCCACAUGGAAAGAUCAAUCAAACGGGUGAAGGCAUGGCUCAUAUUUGAUCAAGUAGUACCAUUGUCUAUGCAUGGGUGCAUAAAUCAGUUGUGGACUGUCGUAUCAUUAAUUGUCAAUCUUCAAAACCCUAUUCUUUCAGUCUAAUUUUGACAUUUUAAAGGUUACUGAGUUUAUUUGAGGUCAGUUCAUGUGAACUAAAUUCAUUGUACAAGAACAUUUCUUCAAUGUUAAUAAGUCUUAGGUCCAUUUAACAAGAAAAAAUCCGGAGCAUGGUUGAAAUAAAAUGAGUUCAAUUUAGGAAUCAUAGUUUUGGACCACAAGUCUUUGUCAAGAAACACUCGUUGUUUGAAUAAGUCUCCUAUGCCUGAAUGUGUCACAAAGUCAAUCCAUGAGAGCACAGAAAGGCCCAACUGACCCUUAAGUUAAUAAUAGUAUGAAUGGUCAGUGUUCAGAAUAAUUUGCCCAUCUUUUGAAACCAAAAAAAAAUGGUUUGCUGUAAAAGAUGGGUGACCAACAGUUUGAGCUAUUGAGAGACCCAUGGAUCCUGCCUUUGGGUUAGUUUUUAUCUCUACUCCUCCAAACUUAUCAUUUG